AUGGUAUUGAUAUACCAGAACAGAGAAGAGGCAGUGGCCAUUCUGACCAGAGAGGACAGCAUCAACUUCUCAGGCUGCUGGCCAGACCUGACAUAGAGAAUGAGCACCAGGGGGACCCAGCAGAGGUGGAUAUGGAGAUACCUCCCGGCAUGACUGUUGAGGCCCUCCACACCUGCCACCUGCCCAGCCUCUACCGAGAGGGGCCACACACCCCCACCCACCUCCUUAGUUUGACCACUCUCAGUAACAGUCAGGAGCUGGACAGUGGCGUGGGCCGUACAGACGAAAGCACCCACAACGCCGAGUCCUCUGAACAUGACCUGCUGGGAGACGACCAGACCAGCGCCCCAAACACCAACACAACCAACACCCCAGGCAGCAUGAGGAAGUUCAGGCCUGGGAAUACACCCUCGUCCCCGUUGCCCCACCUCCAAGAGAUACACCUCAGUAAUGACUCCCAGCCCAGGGUGGGGUUGUAUGGAGGAAAGGGACUGGGAGGGGGUUUGGGAACGGGGUUGGGGUUGGGGUUGGGGUUGGGGGGGUACGUACCCGACCCACUGAUGAUGAUGAUGAUGCCGGGUCUGACUGAGGAAGAGUGCGAGAGGUACAGGGAGCUACUGGAGAUCAGGUGUCAGUUUGAAAGAAACAGGAAGCUUGCCGAGAGAAGCCAGGGAGGAAGAUCAGGGACUGAGGAGGACGAGGAGGAGCGCGAGAUAUGUGAGGAUGAAGGGGGGAGUGACCCAAAAGUCGAUGUAAACUGCAACGAGAGCAUGACGCAACACGAGAUGGCGUUGUUAGAGGAGGAACUACGUCAUCUCGAGUUUAAGUGUCGCAACAUCCUGAGGGUGCAAAAGAUGCAACAGCUGAGAGAACGAUGCAUGAAGGCGUGGCUUCUGGAGGAGGACGUCGUUGGCCGUGGAACCCUACCCACUGGUCCUGAAUCCGUCCCCGACCACGACACAGACCCAGAGCCCGCCAACGAGCUCCACCGCGAGCUAUCGGACAUCAAUGAGCUCCCUGAGCGGGAGAGAUCCGACCCAGACCCAGACCAGGACAAAGACAGCACCAGCGCCUACAACACAGGGGGAGAGAGCUGCAGGAGCACCCCUCUGGUCAGCACCGAGUUACUCCCUCUGUCUUUGUCCAUCCAGGAAGAGGGUAGAGGAGGGGACACCCCCAACAGACACACCCGAGACCGGGCCGACAAGGUCGGGUCUAGACGGGGAUGGGAGAGAGGAGGACAUGGUAGUCUGAAUGGUUCCUUCUCUCCCAACAGCUACAGGAAGUACCAGAUCCAAAUGACCAACGCCAGCACAAGCCCCGUCCAUCCUAAAUUCUGGUCUCUGACCCGGGGGGAUGACGUUGUCGGGGUGGGGUCAUCAUCACAGAGGGGGAUAGCUGAUGGCGGAACAACCACGACACCCCCACGGAAGUCCCCCAGAGCUAACCCCACACACCACGACAGGUCAGGGGGUCGAACCGCAGAGUCCAGCCCGUACUUCACACGGCGUCGCCAAGGCAACAGGCCUCCGGCACCGAAACGCUACCAGAGCUGCAUGCAGCUGCCGUCGAGCGACCCGGUGGUCCGGAUCGACUCCCUGGACUCUGUAGACCGAGCCGUGGUCCUGGGGAUGGGUCUAGGUGAGAGAGGGGCUGCAGCGGGCAGCAGUGGUCAGGCCAGUCCCAGGAGUGUUAGUGGUGCCCCAGCAGACAGCACCGAGGCCCAGGACAGCCACACAGGCCUCCCCUUACACCUCCCUCUGCAGCUGGGGCCGGCUGCACCUCGCAUGGAAUGGAAGGUGAAGAUCCGUAGCGACGGGACGCGCUACGUUGCCAAGCGACCAGUGAGGGACCGCCUCCUUAAAGCCCGGGCCAUUAAGAUCAGAGAAGAGCGCAGCGGCAUGACGACAGACGACGACGCGGUCAGCGAGAUGAAGCAGGGACGUUAUUGGUCGAAAGAGGAGCGUAAACAACAGCUGCUGAGGGCCAGGGAGCACCGGCAGCGCCGUGAGUUCAUGAUGCAGAGCCGGCUGGACUACCUGAAGGGAGACAGAGAGCCACAGGGGGGAACUAUGGACGGGAAGGCUGCAGGAGGACCUCCAGGCCUGCAGGGGGAGACAGGUUGUAGUCCCAGUAUCCUGGCCCUCAGCCAGAAGAAGUUCAUGAAGAAGAGGAACAAGAGGAUCCUGGAUAACUGGAUCACCAUCCAGGAACUACUCGCUCAUGGAUCCAGGUCACCAGAUGGAAAGAAGGUGUAUAAUUCUCUUCUCUCUGUUACAACGGUGUGAUGGAGGGAUGGGAGGACGGGAUGAGAGGAGAGGAGAGGAGAGGAGAAAGAAGGUCUACAACCCCCAGCUCUGUUACUACGGUGUGAUGGAGGGAUGGGAGAGGAGAGGAGAGGGAGAAGGAUGUAAAUAAAUCCAACCCAAGAGGAGAUGCAGGACAACAAACAUAAAGAGUUGACAUAAUAUGGACAGAGAGAGGAACAGCAUCGGCAGCUAAAUGGUACAAUUGAAUGAGAAAUAACCUUGUUUAAAGAGGACUAAAGGAGACUGAACGGGAAGAGUAAAACAUGUACGCAUUGUAAACAUACUGUAGGUCAACAUGUGAUUCAUCCACAGGAAGUGAAUGAAUUACUAGAGAUGGAGAGAGAUGAAGAUGACUAUCAUGAUUUUUAUUAGGAUACUUUUAGGCUUCCUGGCGAUAUAAUGUUUAUUCAGCUUAUAGAAUGUGUACAGUGCAGAGCUUCAUAUUUUAGUCAGCUGCUUUCUGUUUUUAUUAUUAUUAUUUUUUGUUUAUGAAUCCCAGAAACCCAUUUUACUGAUGUAUAUAAAGAGAAAACGGUGUGAAAUGAUAUAGUCUUAUUAGGAGAGGGAAUCAAGCGAGAUAUAACCACAUCAUAUAACCAUGUCAGGAAGACUGUAAGUCAUUAUUGGUUAGAACGGCACACAUGACCAAACCUCAUCUCUGAGUAAAUGACUAGAGAUGUGGAAGAGAGAGAGCAGAUAG